CCGCGUUACAACGUAUAGCGGAUAAUUGUUGUCUUGUCCUUACCGUGUUAAUAAAACUGGAUUGGUCAGUUUUUUGCUUGACUUCGUCGGAGUAUAUAUAGUCACUGGGUGUGACUAGUAAUCAGUUUCUAUCGAGUAUCUCACAGAGAACAGCCAUUAUCUUUUACAAAUGUUUACCAUGUCGAGGGAAAUGAGUAAAAGUUCUGUGGAGGAGAAAGUCACAGAUUUGUUGGCUCUGCAUAAGCAGCAAAUGCUAAAGGAGAUGGAAGGCAUGUUUCUUAAAAUAACAGCGACUUCUCAGAGCAAGCUUUCCAGUCAAAUUGCCUCUUCUUCGCUGACAACAGUCAAGUUUCGACGUAAAAGCAACGAAGAGCAAUUCAAGGUCAAUGCGGACGUUUUGAGCAAGCUUGAGGACGCUGAAGGCUCGCUGUCAGUUGAUAACAUGGAAGAAACCAGGCAGAGUAUUAUUAGCGCAAAAUCGUUGCUUCAGCAUCGCCAGAAGAUGAUUAAAUUGGCCGAUGCAUCGGAUUUAGGAUGGAAGGUCGUAUCAGAAUACGAAACCAACCCGCUUGCUAGUGAUAGUGACGAUGAAAAGAGGAUGUACAAGGCAGAAGCCCGUGCUAACAUGAAGGCGAGAGCAGACAGGACCAAGAAAGUGAGGACAUCUAGGUUCAAUCCUUAUCGUAAGAGGGCAUCGUCACCACAGGACAGAAGAAUUGGCGGUUUUUAUCCUGUUCAACCUACAGGCACAAGACGUAUUCCUCCAGGACUUUAUUUUGCCUGUGGAAAAGCAGGACACUGGAAGGGUGCACCGGAAUGCGCAGCAAAUAUAUCAAAUAAUAAGAUAAGUACCUAUUAUGUUAAUAGUAAUAUAAGUUAUGUUAGUUCUGCAGACACGAAGUCUGAUACAGGUGAGUAAAUCCUGAAUAUGAAAAAUUUGAGAGUACUUGGAAAGCUAAAGGGCUUGUUUAGUCUGACAUGGAUGAGGUCUAUAAAAUUAGUGAAAAGGCACCGGAAGUGCAUGUCGAGCUGUACUCUGAUGACGUCAUUCAUUAUCUGGAAGUAAGUAAUAUGCAGGAAAUGUUUGUUCAGGCUCCGGAGGAAAUAGUUUUACCUGUCGGUAGGUUGAAAAGUUGUUAUAACAAGUUGGAAUCGGUGUCUUCCAGUGAGUACUAGUAUAUCAAAAAUGUUAUAAAAGAAGGUUACAAGUUGCCUUUUAAAGAUAUUCCUGAGAAAGUAGUGUUACGAAAUAAUAGGUCUGCGAGAGAAAAUCCUGUUUUUGUAAAGAGCGAAAUUUAUUCUUUACUUAGGAAAGAAAUUAUUUCUGAGGUAGACGAAGUCCCUUAUGUUGUUAAUCCCUUAACGGUUGCAUAUGGAAAGUCCGGCAAGCCUAGGCUAGUUUUAGACUGUCGACAUAUCAAUGAAUGUUUACAUUUGUUUAAGGUCAAGUUUGAAGACGUUAAUGUCGCAAAGCAAAUAUUCGCUGAAAAUACAUUUCUAUUUACUUUUGAUUUAAAGGGGGCAUACCAUCAUGUGAAUAUAUUUCAACCACAUAGAACGUAUCUAGGGUUUUCUUAUCAACAUGAAAACACAAUGAAAUAUUAUCACUUUAAUUCUCUUCCCUUUGGGAUUCGAACCGCUGGGCAUAUAUUUACAAAGCUUUUAAGGGAAGUCGUAGCUUUUAUCAGAGGUUAUAGUCAUAGAAUAGUGAUGUUCUAUAAUAAAUUCUCGAAAUGCACAACUGUUGUUGUUUUAUGA